CAUCCUUCCUCAAAAUCUUUGAGUCGCCCAUUAGCCUCGGAUCUUUCACAUUUAUACAUUUGUAUAGGAGAUACACACGCUCGUAUACGUAUAUAGACUUCACUAUACACACGCCUCUCUCUUUCUCUUAAAAGGCAGAUGCCCUUCUCGUAUCGUGUAGUGGUUGGAAUUUUUAUUGUUUCUCUUUUGGUGUAAAAGGAGAAAGAAAAUAGACCAGUGCAAAAAGAAGAAGGUAAAGAAACAAGAACGGAAAGUUGGGAGGUGUUCUUCUUGGUUACUUGAUUGUCAUUGGUCUGUAUGAUGAUGGGUAUUCUUGGAUUGUUGCUUCUUGUUUCUUGGUUGAUUCUUGUUGAGAGUUGGAGUUCUGUUGAGAAUUCUGAUUGGAGUAUGGAACUUGUUGUAAAGGGUUCUUGAAUUUCCUAUUCUUGUGUUGUUUUCAUUCCAUGGUUCAUUUUUAUAUGGGUUUUCUUGUUCAAUUCUUGUUUUCUUGUUUGCAUUGGAUUGGAGUUGAUGUUGCUCAAGUCUUGUAAUCUUGAUUGAUAGCGUUUUACUUACGUUGGAAAUUUGAGUUUCUACCUCAGUAAUCACAUUCUUGGGGUUGUGAUUAUUUAUUAGUUUAGUUUUUAAAUUAUUCUUUCUACUUUUUUGAUUUAUUGGAAUUUUCCAGCUAUUUUAUUUCUAGUCAUGAUUUUUGUAUAGGUUACAGGAUUUUGGUUCUCUGGUCCAACUCAUGCAGAUUGUUUGUUAUAGAAGAGAGUGUGGAGUCAUGUUUCCUUGAACUUUGUGGUGACUUGAUUUUGAUAAAGUGUUUACUUUACCAAUAGAAAGUUUGAAGCAAUCAAAUAAGAUAUUGUAGAAGUUCUCAGUUACCGAAAUAAGACGGAAACCAUGGCAAGUCUUUAGGAGUUUGAGAAUUUAAGAAAGGCCAUUUGACUGUGUUAACCUCUUGUUUCUAUGUAGGAGUUUUGAACUCUGUUUUCUCUCCUGAUCUUACUAUGAUCAUUCAUAUAUUGUUACUUAUGUGAUUAUUUGAUCAUGUAGGAACCUAAAGCUUGUGAAGUUUUCUGAUGUUGACUCCAAGUUGAUGUUCUUCUGAUUCCUGUUAUCUUCACGGUAUGAGUUACGACAUACUUCCGUUGAUGUGAAGUGCUUGUACCUGUGAUGAAAUUGAAAUACUUGAUGUUUAAAGUUUUUGCAAUACUCCUUAAUAUAUCAGACGUCGUGAUGUAAUUUAAAGAAUAUCUUGAUAUUGGAUGAUCUUUAUGCGUGCUUCGCAUCUUUUGAUGACAUCUUGGUAUAUUCAAUUUUGAUGUAUUUAUUACUUUCUUUAAAAUCUGCUUAGAUUUAAUACGCAUCAUCUGUAGAAAUCACUUGUUUGACAGAAUGAACUUCCUUAAUUAUCGUAACUGUGUCAAGUUUGCAUGGAGAUCAUGUCCUGUUGACAAGUCAAUUUGAAAAUUCUUACAAUUUUCGGCAAAUUCUUGCUUAUGUUAAUAAAAAGGUGGGAAGUCCAGCAUUUGACUACCAUCCAUCACAUGUCUUCAGUGUCGUCUGGGGGAUGUCCAUUAAGGUUGAAGACUAAAACUCUAUAUUAUUGGAACAGAAAAUAGAGGCUAACUACAACUAUUCAUGAAUCGAUUCUCUGAUAAAAGAGGUGGCAGUGGGCUUGUGACACCCAGAAGAGGAUAUACUGUUGGUCUUAAAGAUAAAGCCUCAGAAGGGGAUCAGAAUGCUAAGUUUUGUAACCGAAUUGGAUGCAGCGGGAGAAUCAAGUACACUCAGAAUACGAAAAUUGGGAGCUCUGAUAUAGCCAAAUCUUCUAAGCCUUCUAUUCGCCCUUCAAAUGUGAAUGAAAGAACUAGGAAGUUCUCUAGUAGUGCCGUGAUGACCAGUGCAAGAAAGUCAUAUCUUGAUUCGAAGAGGAAAUUGCCUUCUCAAUUGAACAGCGACUCAUCAGGAAGUAGUCCAUUAAGUGUGUCCGAAGCUUCAGAGCUUAUGUCUUCACCGAGUAGUCGGAAUGGAUAUCGAUCACAAUCAAUGAAAAACUCUGGAAAUGUUACUGUGAGGGAAGCAGGGAGUUCUAGUUUAUCAUCCAAAGUCAGACCUCGAAAAGUAUUUCAUCAUAAAUCUGGGUCCGGCAACCAAAACACUCCCCCAGCUUCCUAUGUUCCAUCAGCUUCUAAAAGCUCUGCCCUAGGGCCAUUUAAUCGCAACAUCGGAGGCAGGAAUGGUCUGAGGAAUAUGAAAUCGAAUUUGACAUCAUCAGAUGUUUUACCAACAAAUUGUUCACCACCGAAGCCCGUGUCUAGUGGGAAAAACAUGAUGAAAAAGAGAAGUUCAGACGCAGAAAGUGGUGCGUCCCGUACAGGGAGAAAGAUCGCUGCGGCAUCACCCGUAGAAAGACAUUUAUUGUCUUCAAGUAGUGGUAUCUCCAUCUCGGAUUCAAGACGUAAUAGUAGUAGUUCUGGUUCUAGAGCGGAGAUGACUGGCGAUGCUUCUGUUUGGACUCAGAGGUUAAGGAAUGUAAACACCCGAAUGAGGCCUUCCUGCCAACAGAAUGGAAGAAACAGUUCAUCUGUUAGAGAAUCUUCUAUUAGUAUCUCGCAAAUUCCUGACAAUGGAACGCCUUUUAAUGUUGGCAGCCAAAAUUCAUUACCUGAGUUUUCUGAAAGUGAUUCUUCAAGUGGCUUAAGCUCUGAUAGUCUUUCCAGUAGUGAUGAUGAUACUCCAUCUGCCUCCACUGAACUUGGAUUUGGAAGGAAUCGUGAAGUGUUGCACCGACAGAACAUGGAUAAUAUCGCUGAGCAACGGCUUGUAUUGGAAAGCAGUUUUUUCUACAGCGGCCGCAGCCUCUAUGACCAACAUCGAGACUUGAGACUCGAUAUUGAUGGCAUGUCAUACGAGGAAUUAUUAGCUUUAGAAGAGAGGAUGGGUACAGUGAGCACGCCACUCUCAGAAGAGGCACUCUCGAAGAGCCUUAGGAGAAGCAUAUAUCAAACACCCUUACCAAAAGUAAAGAUCACAGAAUCGGGCGAGGAUGAAGACGACGUCAAAUGCAGUAUCUGCCAGGAGGAGUAUGCAAUGGGAGACGAGUUUGGGGAGCUGGUCAACUGUCACCACGGGUACCACGCAACGUGCAUACAGCAGUGGUUGCAGCUCAAGAAUUGGUGCCCCAUCUGCAAGGCUUCAGCAGCCCCAUCACAAUCUUAGUCAAGAAACUACAUACAUUUCUUGAAUUUUCUUUUCUUCUUCCAAUGUAAAUAUAUCAGUUGAUCAAAAUAUUGGCUUAUCAGUGAAAACUGUGUGAUAUGCAUUCACUGUCUGCCUUUAUGUAAAUGAACUUCUGUCCAAUUCCAAUAAUCUCAAUUCGGUGUGCUUUCCAAUUCUGGAAGUUAA